CGGGACUUGCAGUUAAGGCUCCUGCAGCUCCCACUCCGGGGGGACGUGAUGGAGCACAUCUGGAAGCUUCAGGACCUGUUCCAGAACCACUCCGAUUCUCUGCGCCUGCUGAUGAGCUCCCUGCAGAGGCUGGAGGGUAACGUGUGGAGCCUGGAGACCCAGGCCAGCCAGACAGAGCAGAGCAUCUCCCUCCUGCGGGACAGUAGCGGCCAGCAGCACGAGGCAGCCCAGAUGCAGCUCUACCACCUACAGGUGGAGCAUAACAGCAGCCAGCUGCUGCUCCAGCAUCACGCCAGGCUCUUGUCCGAGCUGGCCACCAGGGUGAGCAGUCUCGGGGAGGAGCUGGCCGAAAUGACCGGGGCCCUGGGCGGCAUCAACCAGAGUCUCUCCUACGAUGUGGCCAUCCACCACACUCAGCUCCGGGAUCUGCAGGUGCUGGUGAGCAACGCCAGCGAGGAUGCCCGGCGCAUGCGCAGGGUCCACAUCGGCAUGGAGCUGCAGCUCAGGCAGGAACUGGCCAUCCUCAAUAACGUUACGGAGGAGCUGCGACUCAAAGACUGGGAGCACUCGGUGGCCCUGAGGAACAUCACCCUCAUGAAAGGUACGGGCCUGCCCCGCCUCUGGAGGGUCUACCACUGA